CAAUCACCCCUCGUCCCUGAGUUCUUGCUAUUUUGAGUUCCAGGGCAUCCUCCCUUUUGUCUUCAAUCUCUCUGCACUGACUCGUUUUUCUCAGUCUAUAAAUGUCAGCUUUCCCUAUCUCACUUUCACCAUCACUACUGAGGGGUAAUUGCACCUACAACUUAUGGUUGUGCAAUAAAUGAAUUAAUAUAGGUAAAAUGUUUCUAGCAAUACCCAGCAUGUAGUAAACAGUACAAGUGUUAGUUAUUUUUAAAUUUAUUAUUUUAAAACAAAUGAAGAAAAAAUAUCUUGUCCUCCUUUAACCACUGUUCUAUCUUUUCCUACCCCUUAGUUCCUUAACCUCUGCUUACACCAUACUCUUCUUACCCCAUUGCUGUUUGAUUUCUGCUGUGGCCUUGUAGAAGUUCCUAACCUACUAUUAAUAUCUUACUUGAGUGUUUUUCCAGCUCAGCUCAAUCUCCGCAGUCACCUCCACAUCUUCCCAGCAUCCACCUGCCUCACAGAGCUGGUCAAUCUGAUGUCAGAUCUGGUCCUUUUCUAUCUUGUUUGGAAGUAAAAACUCAAUCUUUGGAAACAGUUGCUAAGCUCUGUUAUCGCCCAUCAAACUUUACCACUGAACUAGACAAAAACCUUUCUGUGUGUGUAUCUACCCAGACCUAAUGAAUUCCCAGUAUGUAUGCACUUACUUUACAGUGUUUAUCAUUAUCUGCCCGGUAUUACCAUAAUUAUUGUGUAUCUGUCCUCCCCACCAGAUAAGUGACAGUAACCCAUCAUGUUUGCCUUUGUAUCCCAAGAGCCUGUUUCAUGAGUAUUUGUCAAAUUGACUUGAAGUUCUGGGGAUAUGACUUAAAGCACUUACUAUUUAAUACCCUGUGUUUUAAUUAUUAGGGUAAAUGUUUUCACUUCUCUGCUAUAUUUUAAGGUCCAUGAGAAUUGGGAAUCUGCCUUCUUCAACUUUGAUUACUAUGCAGUGCUCAAAACUGUGUCCUGCAUAUAAUGAUGCUCCCUAAAUAUUAAUUCUGAAAUAACAAUUACCUUUGUAGAGCACUUUACACUUUAUCCAGCUCUCCUGCAUGGAUUAACUCACUGAGCCUCACAAUGAGCCUCUAAGAUAAGUCCCUAUUGGGCAAAAAAGGAAACAGGCUCAGUAGUGUUACAAGGCUAAUGAAAGGAACAAGGGCUCAAGUCUAAGUUUCCUGAUUUUAGAAGCCCCCUGCUUUCUCUACUGUACCCUUCUGCCUAUAAAACAGAAUGUAAUGUCAUUUCAUGUAAAUAGUUCUUCCUAUGAUUGAGCGGAACGGAGAACAUCUGGCUGGAGGUACCAGAUCAGCUUUGUGGAAGAGGUGGGGGCUUGUUUGAGAAGGGCUUGGAAACAUUGGGCAUACAGCAUGCUAGAGAGAAGGAAAAUUCCAGUUUUCUUCUUUGUGUGCAGUUUCCUGGAACCCUGGGCAUCUGCAGCUGUCAAGCGUCGCCCCAGAUUCCCUGUCAAUUCCAAUUCUAAUGGUGGAAAUGAACUCUGUCCAAAGAUCAGGAUUGGCCAAGAUGACUUACCAGGGUUUGAUCUGAUCUCUCAGUUCCAGGUAGAUAAAGCAGCAUCUAGAAGAGCUAUCCAGAGAGUAGUGGGAUCAGCUACAUUGCAGGUGGCUUACAAGUUGGGAAAUAAUGUAGACUUCAGGAUUCCAACUAGGAAUUUAUAUCCCAGUGGACUGCCUGAAGAAUACUCCUUCUUGACGACGUUUCGAAUGACUGGAAGCACACUCAAAAAGAACUGGAACAUUUGGCAGAUUCAGGAUUCCUCUGGGAAGGAGCAAGUUGGCAUAAAGAUUAAUGGCCAAACACAAUCUGUUGCAUUUUCAUACAAGGGACUGGAUGGAAGUCUCCAAACGGCAGCCUUUUCGAAUUUGCCCUCCUUGUUUGAUUCCCAGUGGCAUAAGAUCAUGAUUGGCGUGGAGAGGAGUAGUGCUACUCUUUUUGUUGACUGCAACAGGAUUGAAUCUUUACCUAUAAAGCCAAGAGGCCCAAUUGACAUUGAUGGCUUUGCUGUGCUGGGAAAACUUGCAGAUAAUCCUCAAGUUUCUGUUCCAUUUGAACUUCAAUGGAUGCUGAUCCAUUGUGACCCCCUGCGGCCCAGGAGAGAAACUUGCCAUGAGCUGCCAGCUAGAAUAACGCCCAGCCAGACCAGCGACGAGAGAGGUCCGCCGGGCGAGCAGGGUCCUCCCGGGCCUCCAGGCCCCCCUGGAGUUCCAGGCAUCGAUGGCAUCGACGGUGACCGAGGUCCUAAGGGCCCCCCGGGCCCCCCGGGUCCUGCAGGUGAACCGGGAAAGCCAGGAGCUCCAGGCAAGCCAGGCACACCUGGCGCUGAUGGAUUAACAGGACCUGAUGGAUCCCCUGGCUCCGUUGGGCCAAAGGGACAAAAAGGAGAACCUGGUGUGCCUGGAUCGCGUGGAUUUCCAGGCCGUGGUAUUCCUGGACCCCCUGGUCCUCCUGGGACAGCAGGACUCCCUGGAGAGCUUGGCCGUGUAGGGCCUGCUGGUGACCCUGGGAGAAGAGGACCACCUGGCCCCCCUGGUCCCCCAGGACCCAGUGGAACAAUUGGCUUUCAUGAUGGCGAUCCAUUGUGUCCCAGUGCCUGUCCACCAGGUCGCUCAGGAUAUCCAGGCCUACCAGGCAUGAGGGGUCAUAAAGGGGCUAAAGGAGAAAUUGGUGAACCAGGAAGACAAGGACACAAGGGCGAAGAAGGUGACCAGGGAGAACUGGGAGAAGUUGGAGCUCAAGGACCUCCAGGAGCCCAGGGUUUGAGAGGCAUCACCGGCAUAGUUGGGGACAAAGGGGAAAAAGGUGCUCGGGGCUUAGAUGGAGAACCUGGGCCUCAGGGUCUUCCUGGUGCACCUGGUGAUCAAGGACAGCGAGGACCUCCAGGAGAAGCAGGUCCCAAAGGAGAUAGAGGGGCUGAAGGUGCUAGAGGAAUUCCUGGUUUCCCUGGGCCCAAAGGAGACACGGGUUUGCCAGGUGUGGAUGGCCGUGAUGGGAUCCCUGGAAUGCCUGGAACAAAGGGUGAACCAGGAAAACCUGGGCCUCCUGGUGAUGCAGGAUUGCAGGGGUUACCAGGUGUACCUGGAAUUCCUGGUGCAAAGGGUGUUGCUGGUGAAAAGGGUAGCACAGGUGCUCCAGGGAAGCCUGGUCAGAUGGGAAAUUCAGGCAAACCGGGCCAACAGGGGCCUCCAGGAGAGGUGGGACCCCGAGGACCCCGAGGGCUUCCUGGCAGUAGAGGAGAAUUAGGACCAGUGGGAUCCCCAGGCCUACCAGGUAAACUGGGUUCUCUGGGUAGCCCUGGCCUCCCUGGCUUGCCUGGGCCCCCUGGACUUCCUGGAAUGAAAGGCGACAGGGGUGUAGUUGGUGAACCGGGUCCAAAAGGUGAACAGGGUGCCUCUGGUGAAGAAGGUGAAGCAGGAGAAAGGGGGGAACUUGGAGAUAUAGGAUUACCUGGGCCAAAGGGAUCUGCAGGUAAUCCUGGGGAACCUGGCUUGAGAGGGCCUGAGGGAAGUCGGGGGCUUCCUGGAGUGGAAGGACCAAGAGGACCACCUGGACCCCGGGGCGUGCAGGGAGAACAGGGUGCCACUGGCCUGCCUGGUGUUCAGGGCCCUCCGGGUAGAGCACCGACAGAUCAGCACAUUAAGCAGGUUUGCAUGAGAGUCAUACAAGAGCAUUUUGCUGAGAUGGCUGCUAGUCUUAAGCGUCCAGACUCGGGUGCCACUGGGCUCCCUGGAAGGCCUGGCCCUCCUGGUCCCCCCGGCCCUCCUGGAGAGAAUGGUUUCCCAGGCCAGAUGGGAAUUCGUGGCCUUCCGGGCAUUAAGGGGCCCCCUGGUGCUCUUGGUUUGAGGGGACCUAAAGGUGACUUGGGAGAAAAGGGGGAGCGUGGCCCUCCAGGAAGAGGUCCCAAAGGUUUGCCUGGAGCUAUAGGUCUCCCAGGUGACCCAGGCCCUGCCAGCUAUGGCAGAAAUGGCCGAGAUGGUGAGCGAGGCCCCCCAGGGGUGGCAGGAAUUCCUGGAGUGCCUGGACCCCCGGGACCUCCUGGGCUUCCUGGUUUCUGUGAGCCAGCCUCCUGCACCAUGCAGGCUGGUCAGCGAGCAUUUAGCAAAGGGCCUGACCCUUGAAAGGCUCAGUGCUGCAUGGCUGUCUGCAUGAACCACGCCUGGUGAAGGAGCUUGGGUGAGAAACACCAUCCAAAGCUGGGGAAAAGAUGAUUACCUUCAGCAUGAUUACAAUGUAUUACCUUCAGUAUGAUUACAGAAGUCCUACUUGACAAUCACAUUUAGAAGAACGGUGCUAUUCAGUAAGUUCUCUUUCCUUUCCCUUGGAGGGAAGACAGCAGAGUCAUCAGUUAAAAAAAAAAAAAAAAAGAAAACCAAACACCUCCCUUGAAUAAAUUUAUACUCCUGUUCCCAGGAUCUUGAGCUUUAGUGUGCUAUACCUAUGUGUCUUAUCGUGGGCCACUGUGCCAAUAAACAAAAACAACUGUUUGGUUUACCUCAGUUGCAGUAGUUAUUUUCAUUUAGAUGUUGUUCUCAGAUUAUUGUUUCAGUUAUACAGAGGAUUACUAGACUAGUUAUGAAGAAACCCCACUACAUUCAAUGGAAUUGGUGCUUAAAAUCCCAUCGAUGUGCUGUCUCUGGAGUGAUAAGAAAGGGCUACAUCGCCCGAAAUGAUUUCUUUACAUCACGUAUUGGUUUCCUUCUUCAGCUUGAACUUUUGUUGAACUGUAUGUACUUUACCCCAAACCUGUUAAUAUUUUGAGCGCUUCUAUGUGAAAGCGAAGAAAUAAUUUUAAUACUCUGGCAUUCAUAAAUUUUAUUGAUGAGAUUAUUUAUUUUAAGAGGGUUUGAGGUAACAUCUCUGGUUGUACCAAAGAAGAAAUAAAUAUGGUUUCUUAAUCU